AGUAAAUAAAAAUACUGGACUCCCAGUGAAAUUUGAAUGUCAGAUAAUCAACAAAUAAUUUGUUAGUCUAAGUGUGUCCCAAAUUGUAUCCUGUAUUAUAUCUAGCAGCCCUGCCUCUGGCUGAUUGCCCAAUUGUUUUAUUUCCCUGUUAAAACUCAUCAACCAUCUGCAAACCCACAUUCAUGUUGGGGAAGCCUCAGGACACUGGGGUACUAGCCCCCUGCCCCCACCAUUUGAGUCCGUUUGGUUAGCCUCAGGGGUCAGGGAGAGCUCAAGCAGGAAAUAGCUUGAGGGUGUGGAAAGAACUCAGGCCUGGAAUUGGAAGACCUGACUUUAUGCAGGCAUCCACCGUUAACUGUGUGAACUUGGGCAAGUCAUCACCUCUCUGAGCCUUGGUUUUCUUGGCUCAAAAAAUUGGAUGAGGCGGUGAACUGGAAGGUCAUUUCAACUCUAAUCUCUGAACACAUGAAAAGCCAGGAAGGGGGAGAGGACGGUGUUCGUCAUUCGACAAAACCCCGUUGGUGCUAAAUUAUCCCAGACUGCCUUGCCUAAGAAGGUCCCUCAGAACAGUGGGAAGCACUGGAUUUCCCAAUGGUGAACAGCCCAAGCUCUCACAGCCCCAGAGGCCCUCUGAACAAUAAGCCAAACCUCUUUUCAGGCAGUAUUGGCCCCUGCUGGGAGAACCCUGGUGCUGAGUGGGCAGCUUAGUUGCAGCAAAGAACAGAACUCUGGGGCCACACAUCAGGACUCUAGUUGGCUCUGCCUGUGGAGACUAGGAAUUUGCCAGAGCAUUAGAUCCCUACUUCUACUCCAGGAAACAAGCUUUUUUAUUUAACUGGUCAGACACCCUAGAGCAAAGUAGAGGUUCAUGACCACUGUACAGAUGGCAGCAGCCAGCUGUCCACGUUGACAUAGCCCUCUGUGCCCUUUGUAGACAGCCCCCUCCUCAGGCUCAUGGACCAGUCUGGCUGCUGAGCUCCCAGGAGGUCUGAGGGUGUGACUUCCCUCCCCCUCAGCCUCCCUCCCUCCACCCACGCCCAGCCCAGGGCUGCCUAUAAAGUUGGCCAGCCUGGCUCUCAGCAACCCAGCUGGGCCCCUCUUGGAGCCUCUUCCAGGGACACUUCUGCUCCGUUCCUGCUCCUCCCGAACGGCACCAUGAGGCCCCUGUGGCUCUGCUGGGCACUCUGGGUGCUGCCCCCGGCCGGCCCCGGGGUGGCCCUGACAGGGGAGCAGAUCCUGGGCAGCCUGCUGCAGCAGCUGCACCUCAGGGAGGUGCCCACCCUGGACAAGGCCAAUGUGGAGGAGCUAGACACCCCUGGCCACGUGAGGGCCCAGUACGUGUCCCUGCUGCAGCGAGGCCACGGAGCCCGAUCCCGAGGGAAGAGGUUCAGCCAAAACUUCCAAGAGGUGGCUGGCAGGUUCCUGGCGUCCGAAGCAUCCGUGCACCUGCUGGUGUUCCACCUGGAGCAGCGGCUGCCGCCCGAGAGCGAGCUGGUGCAGGCCGUGCUGCGCCUCUUCCAGGAGCCGGUCGCCAAGGCUGCGCUCCGCAGGCACGAGCGGCUGUCCCCGCGCAGCGACCGAGCGCGCGUCACCGUCCAGUGGCUGCACGUCCGCGACGACGGCUCGAACCGCACCUCCCUGGUGGACUCCAGGCUGGUGUCCGUCCACGAGAGCGGCUGGAGGGCCUUCGACGUGACGGAGGCCGUGCACUUCUGGCAGCAGCUGAGUCGGCCCCGGCAGCCACUGCUGCUGCAGGUGUCAGUGCAGAGGGAGCACCUGGGCCCGCUGGCCUCCAGCGCCCACCAGCUGGUCCGCUUCGCCUCGCAGGAGCCGCGGGCCGCGGGGCAGGGCGAGCCCCAGCUGGAGCUGCACGCCCUGGACCUCAGGGACUAUGGAGCUCAGGGCAACUGUGGUCCUGAGGAGCCAGGGCCCGUGCGCACCCGCUGCUGCCGCCGGGAGAUGUACAUUGACCUGCAGGACAUGAAGUGGGCUGAGCACUGGGUCCUGGAGCCCCCGGGUUUCCUGGCCUACGAGUGUGUGGGCACCUGCCAGCAGCCUCCGGAGCCCCUGACCUUCAAGUGGCCGUUUCUGGGGCCAAGGCAGUGCAUCGCCUCGGAGAUGACCUCGCUGCCCAUGAUUGUCAGCGUCAAGGAGGGGGGCAUGCUCAGGCCGCAGGUGGUCAGCCUACCCAACAUGAGGGUGCAGAAGUGCAGCUGUGCCUCAGAUGGGGCGCUGGUGCUAAGGAAGUUGGAGCCGCAGGGAGGGUAGUCCUUGAGGGAUCUGAUUCCUGUUUGCCUCAGAAGUGUUCUGAGCACCAGGAGAGGUGGGGAUUACCAAAUGGAAAAUGGGCAAAUGCUCUGUCCUCCAGCUGAGCGCUGGACUUGCUUUCUCUGAAGUCAGUUCCUCUCCUAAUUACCACAUCCCUGGAACAGGACGCCUUGGUCACUGGGUAGCUCCCACCCAGUAUUCUCUGCUUUAAAAAUUUUUUACUGCACUAUGUCCUAAGCACUUACCUGUGUAGAUUCUCUAACCUAAGAGCAGAACCCUUGAUUUGGUAUUGUUUUCUUGUCCUUUCACUGGAUCCUGGCUGAGGUCUGUGCUGUGGGUGGGAGAUCCAGCUGCCACUCUGGGCCUAGGAGCUAGGGUCAUGUAUGGGUUGUCAUUUCUAGCCCAGAUAAUAGCAUUUUGCAAGAAACAAACAAAACACACUUAAUCUGUAUUUCUCUGUUUUACCUAGAACCCUGCAAAUUGUGAGGGGACAGAAAGUUCUAUAGGUAUUAGGUCUCCCUGAUUAGAAAACUAGGGAGAUGGCUAAAUGCAGGAAGCCAGGAUUGACAUGCAUUCAGAUUCUAGUGUACCCAUCUCUUAAAACCGAGGCAGAAAUCUUGUUAUUGUUGACAUUUUUACUUUUCUGGGCAGAGUAAGUGGGCUUUAUUUCUAUUCUGUUUGCAACAAAAUAAAGUCUGUGAUCCAAAUCA